AUGUUCGACUCGCGGACCAGACUGAUGGUACCUUCCCUCCUCCUCCCAUCCUCCCAUCCUCCCAUCCUCCACAGCUCCUUCCUCCCUCAUGACUCCUGCAACGCCGACUCCCUCCCCUCCCGACCCUCCCGCUCCCGAUUCCUUCUCGUCCGCCUUGUUUUGCGUUUGAUUGAACUCACCUCACCACAUUUGCCAUCGCUGCAUCCCCAAACUCAAAACCCGCUGCCAGACCACACGUCGGUGGAGCACGUUCCCCCCCCCCAGCCCCCCCUCGCCCCACCCUCCCAGCGACUUGACAGCAGCUCUGCUUCACCGUCCCAGCACGCCAACUUCCCUGAACCCGGCUGCGUUUAGGCCGGCUUGCCUAACAGCUGCUGGCUGCCUGCUGCCUGCUGCCCUCUUCUGGCCGUUGUCACCUCCUCCCCGCCUUCCUGCCUGCCGUCGACGGGGAUCGCAGCCUACCGCUCCAGAUACGAUAAACGUCUGACACUGUCACUACAUUGCAAAACCCAAUUCGUCCACUCACGGCGCUCGCGGAACUGUUUACUAACGCCCUCUCUUGUUGCAGAAUCAACCAAAUGCCGGACAGCAGCAGGGUCUCCCGCCACCACAGCAGCCUCUGCAACACCCGCGAUCUGCAGGGCUGAUACAACAACAUCGCCCAAAUUCUCCUCACCAAUCGCAGAAUAUCCAGUCGCCCUCCCAAGGUCCCUACAUCUCACCACACUCCUCCACACACAGCCACCCCCAGCAUCAGUCUCCGUACGUCGGAUCCGUGCCAGGCAUCCCCUCGCAGCACCCAGGCGAGCCCCCGUUCUUCGGUGCCCAUCCCAGCCCGUACAGCACAAACAGUGCCGCAGGGAGCUACGCAUCGUCAGGUGAGUUGAAACCAAUUAAUUUGAAAUCGAGACACCCCGAGCGUUGAUGGAUUUGAUCGCCACGUUGUGCUGGAUGCCAUGGCGCGUACUUUUGGUUUGGGACUGACCAGCUUUGCAGAACCGAACGAGAGCAUGGCCACGCAGGCGGCGAUCAGCCGCCAGACAUAUCCGCCAAUCUCGAGCUAUCAGACUCCGCAGUCGAACUCACCUGCCUCGAUCCACUCGCCGCAGACCGACGCACAUGGUCGACCGUUGUAUGGCAUUCCCUCGAUGCCACAACAGAUGUAUUACCCACAGCAGUACCAGAUGCAGCAGCAGUCGCCCUACGGGCACAAUCCGGCUGCUGCUUCGCAUCACUCCUCCAUGACCUCGGCGCCAGGUAUGCUCCUCUCGCAUCAGCAGCCCCAGCAGCAGAUGCAACAACCGCAACCCGGCCAUCCACAGUCCAGCAUGCUGGACAGCAAGCCUUCGCAAUCCUCCCUCCAGAGACCGCCUUCGGUGCUUGCCCCUCCACAGAACUCACCGCAGCAAUCGUCGGGUCCAGGUAUGCUCGGCCAUCAUCCGCCCAAAUCGCCGGCAGACAGCGCUAAUUCUUCGGGCGCAGCUCCAGGUCCCAUUCCAGCAACGACUCCGCUCGUGGUGCGCCAGGACAACAAUGGAGUCCAGUGGAUCGCGUUCGAAUACUCGCGCGACCGCGUCAAGAUGGAGUAUACCAUCCGCUGCGACGUGGAGUCGGUGAACGUCGACGAGCUCAGUCAGGAGUUCAAGUCUGCGAACUGUGUCUAUCCACGCGCCUGCUGCGGGAAGGACCAGUACAAGGGUAACCGGUUGCACUACGAGAGCGAGUGCAACGCGGUCGGAUGGGCGCUCGCGCAACUCAACCCAAAUCUACGCGAGAAGCGCGGGUUGAUCCAGCGAGCGGUCGACAGCUGGAGAAACAGCAAUCAAGACGUGCGGCUGCGAAGUCGUAGAGUACGGAGGAUGGCGAAGAUCCAGAACAGAAACGCCGCAAAGGCGCAGCCUGGAGCACCCUUCCCAGGACCUGGUAGCGCUGGGCUGCCUCCACAGGCCAUGCCUCCUGGCUCGGCGAGGCCACCCUCGAACAUGGGCCCCAGUGCGCAGAUGCACCACCACCACACCGACGGUAGUGAAGCCGGAGGUGGAAACGAUGUCAGCGGUAUGUUCCACCAGAUGUGAAUGAUAUCCUGUACUACUAUUGUCGUUACUGUUAUUGCUCUUGCUACCGCUGUUGUUGAUCUUGUGCAUUUGCUUGGAGUUGUAAGGGCGCCAAAGAGGACCUACGACCACAUGGAUUAUGGCUUGUACGAUGCUGUACAGCAUAACUUAUCGUCUUUGGCCUGCAGCUGUUCCAAAAAAGAAAGCAACCCAAACAACCCACCGCUGCAGCGAAGAUUGUAUUCUGUUUUUUGUUGUUGUUGUUGUUGUUGUUGUUGUUGUUGUUGUUGUUGUUGUUGUACGACCUCUGCUUCGUUGCUUGUUGUUUGUUUGCUCCCCUGCACCCUAUUGCACCCUAUUCCGUGUUCUCUCGCUUUGCAAGAUACCCAUGCUGCACAUCAUCAAGUUCGUACGCUAACACGUUGGUCUUUGAUCAUAGCCGGAAAUGAAUACAGUAGUGCGGCCGGGCAUCCUAACCCGUCCACCAACGGUUCGAGCGAUCUUACAUCCCCUACAUCCGGUCGGUACGCACACAGCUUCUAUCCCUCGUAUCCUCAGCAGCCAGGUAUAGGCGGCUCGUCCAUGCCUUCGGUCCACGAUGCCAUGGAUCCCAUGCACACCCAAGCCUCUACUCUUGCGACACCAGCAUCAGCCUCUGCCCUCAAGAAGGAAGACGAGGAACACAAGCGCGCCUUGUUUGGCGACGUUCCCGAGUCUAAGCGCCGCAAGUUCAUCCUCGUCGAUGACAACCAGCGAGGCACGCGUGUCCGGGUGCGAGUGAUGCUGGAUCAGGUCAAGAUGGAUGAUAUGCCCGACGCCCAUCUCAGGAUCAAUGCCGUCUAUCCUCGGUCCUACUUCCCUCGACAGAUGAGAUCGCCGCCGGGGUCUCCUGGCGCACGUGGCAACUGGGACGACGAAGAUGAUGAUGAUGAAGGCGAAGAUGGAUCGACCGUUCCACCUGUCGGGAAGACCAUGGUGCCGGUGUCACUGAUGGACGGCAGCGAGGCCAAGCUCCCGGUUCCACGCAUGACCAAGUCGAGGAGAAGUAAGGAAGUCGCCUUGAAUGAGCUUGGCUACCGCAUGAGUUGGGGACAGGCGAGGACAUUCAACGGUAAAUACACCAGCCCCGCGGCAAUAUUGGUCAGUGCUUGAUGCUAAUUGACAAUCGUACAGGCCGUACGCUCUUCCUGCAGAGAUCCCUCGACGCCUACCGAAACAAGAUGCGCAGCACCAUGAUUGCGGGCGGCAGUGACAACGUGACCAUUGCGCCGCACUUCGAGACUCGACCUGGCAAGCGGAAGUGGCUAGAGAGAAACAAGCGCGCCAGGCAUGCAGAGUCCAUGUAA